AUGGAUCGUCAUGGUAUAGUCCUUAAUGUGGAGGAAUUCCAACUUCUGCAGGAUCGUUUCGGUUUCUUACUAGAGCACGGUGUAAUGAUUUCAGCAAAGGGGUUACUAAUCCAUGACUGCCCUCAAGGGAAGGUGGGAGUUCUGAUCCCUUUAUUCGAAGAGGUGUUGCGCUUGCCGACAUCUAAUUUCUUCAACAUGAUCGUAGACCAAUAUGGCUUCUCCAUCGACGAGUUAACUCCCAGCACCGUCAAUAAAAUCGUCGAUUUUGAACUGAUUUGUCGAUCUUUGGGUGUAUCAACACCUUCUGGGUUUUCAGUUACUUCUUUUGUCCGACUAUGGAUUAUGGUAGAGAACUGGGAGGAUUCUGUUCUCGUUGCAGGUGGUAUGAGUGCCGCCUGGCGAGCCCGCGGGAAGAUGGCUCAAUUGUUCUUCGUGAGAUGCAAUAUUCUUUUGUUUCUUUCUUCCCUUCCCCCACCCCCCUCCUCUUUAGAAAAAAAACUAAAUGGGAGGAAGAUCAGGGUGUCUGAUGAGUCCUUAUAUUUAAUUCUUAUUUGUGUAGGUGCUAAAGUCGAGAUUUCUUUGGAGAUGGACUUGCGCAGCCACUAUCGGGGUAGGCUCUAUCACUGGGAGGUCGAUCUUGUAGAGGCUCUUACCCCCGCCCAUAUCUGA